UAGAGGAGCCUGGUUUUGGGAGUGGUGCACUAGGUGCCAUGAAUUUAAGAACUCCUUCAGAAACGACUCAGCACAUGAACACUGGCCAGUUAGUUUUUACCUACGAAAAGGUUGCAGAGAUCACGAACGGGUUUGCUAGUGAAAACAUAAUAGGGGAGGGGGGAUUUGGGUAUGUUUACAAGGCUUCCAUGCCUGAUGGCAGAGUGGGAGCACUCAAAUUAUUGAAGGCUGGAAGUGGGCAAGGAGAAAGGGAGUUCAGGGCGGAGGUGGACAUCAUCAGCCGAAUCCAUCAUCGCCAUUUGGUGUCAUUAAUUGGUUAUUGCAUAUCUGAACAGCAAAGAGUGCUUAUCUAUGAAUUCGUUCCUAAUGGGAAUCUCAGUCAGCACUUGCAUGGAAGUAAAUGGCCAAUUUUGGAUUGGCCAAAGAGGAUGAAGAUAGCAAUUGGCUCUGCAAGGGGCCUGGCAUAUCUCCAUGAUGGCUGCAACCCAAAGAUUAUUCACAGAGAUAUUAAAUCAGCAAACAUACUUUUGGAUAAUGCUUAUGAGGCACAGGUUGCAGACUUUGGACUUGCCAGGCUAACCGAUGAUGCUAAUACCCACGUAUCAACUAGGGUGAUGGGGACCUUUGGGUACAUGGCUCCAGAAUAUGCAACAAGUGGAAAAUUAACAGAUAGAUCAGAUGUUUUCUCUUUUGGAGUUGUCCUCCUUGAGCUUAUAACUGGAAGGAAACCUGUUGAUCCAAUGCAGCCCAUAGGAGAGGAGAGUUUGGUUGAGUGGGUGGCUAGAUCCUUAGAUAGCGGCAACCAACUAUAUGAUCUAUCAAAUGGGGUGAAAUAUGGCCAGAGCACUGUUUAUGAUUCUGGCCAGUAUAAUGAAGACAUUGAGAUAUUCAAAAGGAUGGUUAAUGGCAGCUUUGAUGAUUCUGAGUUUGAUAUGAACAGCAUGGAAUACCGUUCAACUGUUUCAAGAGAAAUGUCUGGAUCCAGACAUUCAAGGAUGCCAUAUAGUGAAGGUAGUGAUUCAGAUUUUAGAGUUUUCCACGGCCAACGAAGCAAUACGCAGAACAUGUCUUGAGGGAACACACAUACAUGCUAGUGCAGUGCUGUGCAUAGGCAUAUUGGAGUUUAAAGGCUUGUGGUUUUAAUCAAACUAAUUUUUUCCAAACACUUACUCCUAAAGCCAAAACUGAUUUCACCAAACUCCUCUUCAGGCCGUUGCAUCAUCUUACAAAGCGUCACGGAAAUUUUUUGGUUUACAGAAAUUGCAACCAUGACUCGUUAAGAGUUUACGAGUGUACUUGUCCUCUAAGAGUUGACUCUUUAGUAAAUUUCUUUUUAGCAGACUUUGGACAAACUCUAUAAACUUUAAGUAAACUCAGCUAGAUUCUCGAGUUUACCAUCGAGUCAACGAGUUAGCAAGUUAAAAAAAAUUAGACCAAAAUAUAAGUU